AUGACUUCGAUACAGAACGCCGUGUCAAUAACCACGAUUCAUGUCCAGCAAUCAUGGAAGCAGGUCAGGGACCGAACCAGCGCCAUCAAAGCCGAACUGUCUCACGAAGAAGUCAAAAGGUUGUGCACCGCCUGCAGUAUAAUCGAUUUCAACUUCAGCCUGGCGGGCACAGCGACGCCGAAGAAGAAACUUGACUUCAUCUGGCCCAUCAACCAUGUCAUCCUGCAGCGCGACUCUUGCAACUUCUGCAGGCUGGCCUUCGAUGCGCUUUCGACGGAGCUCAACGACCCGCUCAAGGUGGAGAAGAUCCAGGACUUCAUCCAAGACGAUCUCAAACGAAUGUCUUUCCGGCACUGGGUCGAAACAAAAUACAAGUGGAACAACCGGCUUCUGACAAAGGGGGAAAAGAUAUGGCCGUUUGGACAUAGCAAGAAUCCUCCCGAGACGCGAGAGGCUGUGAGAGAGAUUAUCGAAAAAGGACGGGAGGAGAUGAAACAUCUGGAAAGUGACAAUAAUGACGUUGCUGCAAUGAUGGUCGCGGGCGCAGCAGCUACUAAGGCGGGACGUUUGGCAGCCGGAGGGGGGAAAUCAGAGGGAAAUGUGAUGUUGGCCGAGGCGGCAGAGGGUAUGAUGUGGACGACUGCCGUGUACCAAUCGGGCAAGGCCACCAACCUGCCUUGUUGGAUUGUUGGGACCGUCUCGCGCGGGUCGAUCAAGAUUGAGGUAUGUGCGAGGGGAAGGCAGCCACGCGCGUCCUUGAGCGUGCUCCGGAACUUCAACAUCAGGAUCCAGAAACAACUUGAAGAUCUUCGGGACUGGGACUACGCUCUCCAAGUCCAGCCCAGGAUUAAUCUCGAGCUCGCUAGUGUAUUGCUUACCGCCUGUGUCAGAGACCACGCAUCUACUUGCGGUGGGGAGAUUUUCAGAGCGUCUCCGAUACCCAUCUUCGGUGGUCAUUUCCUUCGCCUCAUCGACCUACAGCACUCUCGACUCCAAAAUUUCGACGCACAGUCGCUUCCUCAGUAUGCCGCGCUCUCCUACGUGUGGGGAGGAGAGCAAAACAAAGUACUCGAACGCGGAAAUGUGCAGCAGUCGUACCGGGUGGGUGGCUUUGUCCAGGAAGGUUUGCCGAAGACGAUAUCCGCAGCCAUCCACAUCACCCGCAGUCUUGGCUUGAAAUAUCUCUGGGUCGACACCUGGUGCAUCGUUCAGAACGAUGACCAUGACCAGUCUGGUCAGAUCCCCCACACGGAUAUCAUUUACAAGUCUGCCGCGGUUACAUUGGUAGCUGCCGAUGUAGAUCAAACGGCUUGGAGCGGCAUCACAGGCGUCACUGAACACACUUACCGCAAGUCUUUCGACAGCCAGAUAUUCAGUGAGAUUGCCCAGAUGCCGGCAGUUCGCGGGCUGAUUCCAAUCUCGGUGAAACAGGACCUGUCGACGUGGGAAGCAAGAGGAUGGACGUUCCAGGAAAAAGUCUUGUCACGCAGACUGCUCGUCUUCAGCGAGGGGUACAUGGUGUGGCAUUGUCGAGGCUGCAUUGCGCGUGAAGACAUGACCAAUCUGGCUGCGGGGACGGACCAGAUUAAACCGCUCCUUCAGCCCAUCUUCCAGGAGCUCAGCAUACCUGACAGGUACAGCGUCCUACCAAUAACCCGCCGAGGAUUCUACCGCCGUUCGAAGACAUUUAAGAUCUACGCGAUGCUGGUAGAGCAGUACACUGGUAGAUCAUUGAAAAAGGAGCGAGACUGUCUGAAGGCUUUCACGGCCAUAUUCAAGGAAUUUUCGAGCGCCUUCCAAUGCGAAUUCAUAUCUGGCCUACCAAAGAACCUCCUCGACGUAUCGCUGCUAUGGCAGCCUGUUUCACACGAUCUCAGUCAGUUUCAUCGCCGCGAUGGUUUUCCCAGCUGGUCCUGGGCGGGCUGGACAGGAAAGGUACGCUACGACAACACUUUCGACAUCCACACCAGCGACAACGGCGCCCUCGUUCAGGCAAUCACGGAAGAAGGCCUCGAGCGUGUCCGACCACUGGUCUUCUUCUACAGGGUCGACGCAGACGCAGCUUUCCAUCCCAUCGGACUACUCGAGCCGCUCUCCGUUUCGGAUCUGGUCCCACACGACUGGGAGGCCAGAAAGCUUCCCAAAGGACAGCUUGUGAGGAUCGAGAAGAAGCUGGAUAUGACGGAUAUUGGUUCCUUUAGCAAUUCCAUCUGCUUUGAAAGCACCGUUGCGGAUUUCGUCGUCGGGGAGCCUGAAGCGCGGACGGUGAGGUGGCGGGUCAAGGGUGGCCCCGUCAAGGAGAGGGAAGAACAGUGGCAACCUGUCAGAUCGGAUGCAGACGCGCCCAAAGUUGGCUACGUCAGGAUCCAUGGCACGAGCUCUACGGUUGGGUGCCGGUAUCAGUUUGUUUUGCUCUCGGAAAGCCAGUUCUUUGGAAGCGAGAAGAGAGUCGAGGCUAUGGGAUAUACCCUUUACAACAUCAUGGCAAUAAAGCGGGUAAAGAAGUAUGGUGGAGUGUGGGCUGUUGAGAGAUGUGGCGUUGGGAAGAUUAGGAAGGAUGCGUGGUGUAAGGGAAGUCCAUGGCGAGAGGGGUUUCUGCUAAAGUAG